GCCGCGAGGUAUGAAUAUGUGCCGGCAGAUCCUGGCCCAGUCGAGACCGAGCAGCCCCAGAGCGAGCCCAGCACCGCCCAGCACCGCCCAGCACCGCCCUGCCGCAGUCGAAGGAACCGACUGACGAACACUGGGCGGCAAGCGCAGUUGACAAGAAGCUGACGCCGUCAUGAGGAUCAAGGCCAUGGUGGCGAGCGUGCCGGUGGCCCUGCUGCUGGCCGUGGCCGUGCACGCCCGCUCGGUGCAGCAGCAGCCGAUGGAGUUCGACGUGCACGUCGCGGGGCACUCCGCGUCGCAGAUGGACGCCGCGCGCUACAACGUGCAGGCCGACGCCGUCCCCGUGGUGACUCUCCCCGGCCUGGGCCAGGUGCAGGGCACCACCUCCGUCACGGACCAGGCCAAGCGGACCGUGUUCUCGUACCUGGGCGUGCCCUUCGGGGAGGCCCCCGUCGGCGAGCUUCGGUUCGUGGCCCCGGUGCCCAAGAAGCCGUGGGAGGGCGUGCACGACUCCACCGUGCCCGGCAAGACGUGCUUCCAGGUGGAACUCGGCACGGCCGCCUGGCCGGUGGACGACGGCCAGCAGAGCGAGGACUGCCUCGUGCUGGACGUGCACACCCCCAAGGUGGACCCGAACGCUAAGCUGCCCGUGCUGGUGUUCAUCCACGGCGGCAACUUCUACACGGGCUAUGCCGGCCAGAAGCCGCCCACGGCGCUGCUGGACUCCGCCGACAUCGUGCUGGUGUCUCCGCAGUACCGGCUGGGGCCUCUGGGAUUCCUCAACCUGCAGACCGAAGAGGUGCCCGGCAACGCGGGGCUGCUCGACCUGGUGGAGGCGCUCCGCUGGGUCAACAAGAACAUCCAGUACUUCGGCGGAGACCCCUCCCGGGUGACGAUCGCCGGGCACAGUGCGGGCGCGGCCUCGGCCAGCGUACUGUACCUCAGCCACCUCACAAAAGACUUGAUCCACGGCGUGCUGCCCAUGUCCGGGUCCGCCCUGGGCUUCUGGGCGUGGGACCGCACCCCCGAGGCGGCGGGCAACUCCAUCACCAACGUGGCGUGCCUGGGGAAGACGGCCAUCGCUGACCGCGUGGCCUGCCUGCGGGCUGUGCCGCCCAAGGACCUGAUCCGUGCCUACUUGAUGUACGCGGGAAUUUCGUUGCUGCACGGCCACCUCGGCAUGUCGGGCUCCAUCCCGUCCCUGCAGAGGGCGGCCAUCCCGGACGACAAGAAGGUGCUCCUGGACCUGCCCGAGAACAUCCUCUCGUCUGACGACCUCAAGGCGCUGCCCUACAUGACGGGCGUCACCAAGCACGAGGGCACCUACCCGCUGGAACUGGCGGAGAAGUUCUACCUGGAGCUGAACCACCUCGAGAGCAACGCCUCGUUCCUCCGCAACGAUGUGGUCCACGUGCUGCUCGCCGUGAUCGGAAAUGACGACCCCGCCGGCUACGUGUCGGACACCUCGGUGCAGGCCUACUUCGACCCGACCACGCUGGGCGACUACCAGAGCAUGCGGGACGGGCUGAUCGACAUGCUGGGGGCCUUCGGGUUCAAGAGCGCGGCCCGCCGAAUCGUCCAGCGUAACUCGGAGCUCGGGCAGCCGUCGUACCUCUACGCCUUCAACCACAACGGCGAACUCACUCGCAAGUCCCCCGAGGGUAUUUUCCACGGGGCAGAUCAGCCGUACAUCUUCCCCAUGCCCAAGUACCCCACGCUCGUGGGCAACGACCUGGAGGUGUCUCUGGCCCUCCGCAAAUACGUCACCAACUUCGUCAUCUACCAGAACCCCACGCCGGACGAGUCCCCCGUGGAGCACAGCCCGACGUGGAAGACGUUCCAGCGCGACCACGAGGACUACAUGGAGCUGGUGUGGCCCCCGACGCAGAAGCAGUGGUUCCAGAACGAGCUGACGGUGGCGCGGCGCGACCAGUUCAACGAGGGCUUCGGCACCUCCACGGCCCCCACAGUGGCCCCCACGGCGGCCCCCACCGCGGCCUCUACGGCGGCCUCUACGGCGGCCUCUACGGCGGCCUCUACGGCGGCCUCCACGGCCUCACAGAGCAACACCAGCUCCAAGACCUCCAGGGCUGACAACGGCAACACGUCCAACUCGGCGGCGGCCGCGGCCCCCUCGCUAGCGCUCGCGCUGUGCCUCGCCACCCUGUUCGCCCGGCGGUAGGGCAUCGGCUGGAACGCCGAAACGACGACCUCCAAGCGGUCACGCUGUGCUGCUUGAAAACGUUAAAAAGUUUCGUCUUUGUUUGAAUUUUGAAGACUUUAAGACUAUUUUGAAGGCAAAUACAGCAAGCGGACAUUGCCGCUGGUCGCCGCUGAAAAAAGUGCGGUGGACUGAACCGGUUGUACUAUCUCCGGGAGUGGACGAGACCUAUCUGUGAUGCGCGGAGCGCGUUAUGCCUGCAGUAUUUCGCGUGUUGGUGUUAACCUCUGUCAGUUACCAAAAUGUGAAUGUCCUUAUGCGAGCCAAUUCAUGAUUGAACGUCUUGUAUGUUUUGUAAAUAUAUUUUUAUAUAAAUGAAAA